AUGACAUUUCAUAUAGUGAGGCAGAAUUGGAACCGCCCGAUGGGAUACUGUCCACAGCAAUGUGCACAAUCACAUGAUUGGAACAAUUUUUCCGUCUUUCUCCUCCUUGUGCUCCCAUCCGUCGUCGUGUUGGCUCAAUUUGGCUCGGAUGAAGAGCCGACCACUCUGGAAACUGUCCCUGUCGACUACAGUACCCCCGAAGACCCGGUGGACGAUACGGAGCCGCCCGUCGUCGACAGUAUCCCAAAAGUGGAGGAGGAGUCUGUAGUGGUGGCCGAGAGGAUGCCGGACACUGAAAAACUCUUCGGAAUACCGAAUAACUUGUGGAGAUGUGGAAGCGGAGAUUUUUACCACGUGGCGACCGAUCCGAAUGCGGCGAAUUGUGGAAAUCUCACGAAGAUGGUGUGUCCACUUCUUUCCUAUUACGGACGUUUUGCUUAUGAUGACAGCCGGAAUGCCAAAAACUCGUCAGUCACUGAAUCGCCGGUGGCGGCGGAGUCUUUGAAGGUUCCCACGCAAAUUCCACACCUCUCUGAGCCAUAUGUUGGGAUAUAUGCGAGUUGUGAUGAGCAACAUGCAACCAUUGCCUCGUGUGCCCUGAACAAUGACUUGUGCUACCGUACCCCUCGUGCCGAACGGAAAGAGCAAUGCACCGUUCAUCUGAUUCGGUGUCUCGACGACACUCGAUUCAACAGGAAACCGAGUAAAACGUGUGAUCUCGCCAUCGAUGAGUACUUGUGGAAACUGAUUCGAUUCGGAGGAGGAAGUGAAGACACCAAGGAGAUGGAGACACUUCAGGACGAAGACAAGGAGCAGAUGAAUGUGUUGAUGAUGCAAGAGAUUCUCACCAAUAAGACAUUUGUUCGCAAUAUUUACCUCCAAAUCGUGCGCCACUCGUCGUCUCUCGGUUGGCUCUCCUGUUUGACGUUCCUCUUCUGCGUCUUCUCGUGCUGUGGAAUUGUGAUCUACGCAUUCAGUCGUUGUGGAGAAGAAGAAGACAUCAGAAGACACGAUGAGGUAAUCAAUGUGCACGUGACGUCUUCUGCUUCAGAAGCGCCGUCCUCGUCGACGAUGUCAUCGAUGAAGUCUUCGUCUUCGUCGACAAGAAAGUGA